AUGCAUACAUCUACAUCACCUGCCCAUUUAUCUCGCUCAGAUAGUAAUACGUUGCCGAUAUCAUCAAUCAAAACUGAAUCUUCUCGAAGAAAAAAGCAUCUUAAUUUUAUACCAUGGGAACCAUCACGCGCUGCCGUAUCUCGAGCAUAUGUUAUUGAUGACAUAACAAAUAAGUCCUCUUCAUUUCCAGCGCAAACAUUAUCUUCACAAUUAUAUCGUUACCAAGUACCACGGCCAAUUAAUGAUGUUCCAUUCGAACCAAACGUUGAUGAUAUUAACAAGGUAAAAUCAAGUGAAGAAUCAGAUAUAAAAUCAAUAAUUACAGUGGAGAAUGAUCAAUAUAAGAAAAGACAGUCGUUUAUCAAGACAAAACCAACUGCCACUGUAGAACCAUUUAAAGCAUCAAUUGCUGUUGAUGAAAUUGUUUAUGGUGUAAGGCCAUCAAGUCCCAUCAUUCAAGAAACAUCGUCUGUUGAUCAUCAUAAUAUAAAUGAACUUCGAAAUGAACUUGAUCGUACGCAAGACGAAAAUGGUGGUUUGAAAGAACAACUAGAUUUACAAACACAGGUGAACUGUGAAUUAAAAAAGUUACUUGUUGCUUCAGUGGGAAAUGAUUUUCAGUAUAAAUUGGAACGAUUAUUGAGAGAUAAAUCACGGUAUGAAAUUGAAAUACAAACUUUAACGCAGAAAAUAAAUAAUCUGUUAGAAGACAUUGAAAAAUUAAUGAUACAAUGUGACUUAUGGAAAACAAAAGCAGCUGCUAGCAGAGUAUUGUUUGAUGAAAUAUCAAUGCACAAAGCAGUGUUGAACGUUCAAUAUCGCGACUGUUAUUCGACAAUUCAAAACUUAUUAGGUGAACGUGUGCAAAUUGCCAAAGAACUGAUUGCAACGCACAGCUCAUUAUCUGCAUUAAAUGAAAUGGCAUUGAACAAUAAUAAAAAACGCUUCCAAAACUCACCAAAAUUUGAUUUAAUUCAAUUAUCAUCCUAUCUAAAAACAUUAGGCUCUUCAUUAUUCAUCUACUUAAAACAAACUAUCUACUAUCAACAUACACAACAACAGAAUAGUUCAACUAAUGUGCCUUUUCCACAUCACGGUAUACAACUUCAGUUAACCGAAGGUGAAACAAGAGCUCUUGAAAUGCUACAAAGUCAUUCUUUGACAACAAACACUUAUGCAGCAACGUCUCCUUCUCCUCCAACAAUAUCAAUUCCAGUCGAUGAUUCAGAUUCUACUGAUAUUGAUACAUUACAAACAAUGGUUAAUCGUUUGAAAUUUAAUAAAAAGAAAUCUCAUGAACGUUUUCAUCCAACUACAAAAUAUGAAAAUUUGACAUUAAACUGUUGUCGUCAGUGUACUGGCGAAAUUUAUGUAAUAUAG